AUGCUGAGCUGCUUUGUUGACCCAAAAGAGGGACUUGGACUGCAUUCAACCGCUCACGAACACUGGCCAUGGGAAGAAGUGGACAUGGGCUUCGUCUUUGAUGGGGUGGAUGGAAGGGUGGUACCGCAGGACGACCCUGCUUCCAACGGCACUGUUCACUGCAAACCUCUCCAGGACAUUCUGACGGAACAUGGGGUGACGAAAGUGGACUUCAUGUCCAUCGACACAGAAGGUGCUGAAGUGGAGAUUCUGCGGUGCUUCCCAUUUAGCGAAUGGAAAAUCAAGGCACUCAUAGUCGAGACCAAUAAGCAGGACAAGUACCUGGACUUUCUCCUUUUGAGAGCAGGCUACAUGAAGGUCAUGGAGCUGCUCUGCCCCACUUUUGAACAACGGAAUGUUGGAACCUAUCUCGAUUCGCUCUUCGUAUGGAACGAUAACCCUUUGGUGCUGCCCAAUAAGGACCAAGAAUUCAGUUGCACGGAUGAAGACAUGAAGUGGAACGGUUGCUACAGCCGCACAGGUUGGUCGAGCUAUUACAGAGAAGAGAUAGGACAACGAGAGCAAGUCAAAGAUGCGUGCCCAAACGAAGGUGUUGCACUCUCCGCCCGGCCCGGAUUGUCGGGUCGUGAAGUUUUGUACAAUUAGUUAGCUGGCUCCAUCAAAGAUGCGUUUGAUAGCUAUGAUGCUACAUUUGCGGAACGGGUUGACCUUAAGUUAGAGCGGCAGGCUCAGCAGAGUCGGGCGCCCCAACAUAUAAUUUGACUUCUUCUGCAUGGAUUGGGCAGAGAUAUCAUCGAUGACUUCUCCUAAUGACUUUCAAUCCUUUACAUUGUUUGAUUUAAACGGCAAGACUGCCGGCCAGGUAACUUGAAGGUUAGGAUUAGAGGAUGAAUUGACUCCGAUAACUAUCGUGUGACCUAAGAGCCGUGUGACCUAAGAUAGGCACCCGGGGGACGGGUGGGGUUGUUAUGGUGGUUAGGGUGGGUU